AUGGAGCAACUGACGGAGACGUUGUCUGAAGAAAACCCAUCGACGGCGACCCCUCGGUCACCAGAAGAUGAGGAUCUGCUGAAAAGAAGCACCAAGAAAACGAAAAGAAACCGUGCAAUGGCGGAGCAGACGAUGACAUGGUCUUUCAACGAAGGGGUCCAAGGAGCCUCUGCUUCGGCCGGCUUAAUGUCGCCGGGUUCCGCCCAGUGGAGAACACCGGUAGAAACACCAAGCAACAUGUGGGGAAGAAAAGAGAACGCCACAAGAUUGGACGACGUGGAGGUUUCAGACGAAGAAUCGAUGGAGGUAGGGGAAUCGGACCCUAAUUGCCCGGUAAUUACGGUCACCAAAGAAGAGAAGGAACGAUUAAGGCGCCCAUGGAGAAGAACGCUAAUAAUCAAGGUUCUUGGUCGAAAAAUAGGUUACUCGUUCCUGUUACAGAGACUCCAGAAGCUAUGGAAGCCUGAAGCAAGUUUCGACCUUAUCGCAAUUGAUCAAGAAUUCUUCCUGGCAAGAUUCGAAAGCCUAAGAGAUUAUGAGUUCGCCAAAUUCGAAGGGCCGUGGAUCAUCCUAGGGCACUAUCUAACUGUGCAAGAAUGGCGUCCUAAUUUAUUUCCGCACACCAACAAAUUGGACAAACUGCUGGUUUGGGUAAGAUUCCCUGCGCUCCCAAUUGAAUACUUUGAAGAGGAUUUCUUGAAGAAGAUCGGUAUGAACAUAGCCCGGCCGGUAAAAACGGACACUACAACUAGUCUGGUUUCAAUUGGAAAGUUCGCAAGGGUCUGUGUCGAAUUAGAUCUUUCCAGGCGUUUACUGUCCAAGUUCACAUUAGAAGGCGAAGUAGUCCCGAUCGAGUACGAAGGAAUUCAGAUGGUAUGCUUCAAAUGCGGCAUGUAUGGCCAUAAGAAAGAUCAAUGCGGGGGUCAAAACCUAAACGAAGAAGGUAAAGGGGCGGAGGCACAAACGGACCAAGAGCAGAAUGAUAAAACCCAAACAAAAGGCAAAGAACAGCCCAAGUAUCAAUAUACAAAGCCGGUACGAGACUUUAGUAAGAACUUCGGGGAGUGGAUGUUAGUCGCCAGGAAGGAAAGAAAGGGAUAUCGUAGGGACGGAGCUCGUGCUCCGAACACGGGCAACAGAAACCAUGUUCAAUCACAGGCUGCUGGGGCAGGAGGUCCUCAAUUUCAAUCUCGAUAUGCUGUAUUAGAAGAUCUGGAUAACAAUGGAAAUGAGCUCUAA